AUGGUUGUAUAUUCACGUGCUGUUCGUAAGGCUGUUAUUGCAGAUCCCUUGUUUAGACCAAGCGAGGUGACACCCACUGCAGCUACGGGUGUAAUUGGUUCUAGUGCUGUUGAACAUGCUGCUACAGCAAGUGCAGCAGGUGCUUAUUCUAGCCUUGUGAAAGGU